GCCUACUGACUGCAAAGAGCGGAGGAGAAACAGCGAAGGGUAGGAGGGAGGGACCAGCGGAGCUCAUGUAGCCCCGUAGAGAGGCACUUCUCCCGGACAUACAGGAGCCCAGCUCAGCGGGGGUUUGGAAAAUGGGAGCGGUGAAGUGAAGUGGAAAAACGGACACUAAAAGAGCGCGGACACUGAAUGAAAGAGCAUAAUGGCGCUCUUCCUUUUGCUUGACCUGCUGUUGCUGCUAGUGGUCACCCCUUCCACUUCGGUCAAGAACUGCCACCCAGGCUGCCACUGCGACGUGGAAAACUUUGGCCUUUUUGACAGCUUCAGCCUGACCACAGUAAACUGUCAAGGAUUGGAAAGUGGCACCACCAUGCCUGUGCCCAUACCGCUGGACACCGCCUACCUGGACCUGUCCUCUAAUGCCAUGGGCCCGCUCACCGAUACCAUGCUGGCAGGGCCAGGCUACACCACCCUUGUAAGCUUGGACCUGAGCAACAACCACAUUACAAUGGUAAGUUCCAAAGCUUUCUCCAAGCUUUAUUACCUGGAGAUUCUGGAUCUGAGCCACAAUGAGUUGGAGGCCCUCUCAUCAGGCUGCUUCUCUGGUCUCCCUCUGGCUGAAGUGGAUCUCAGCUACAACAAUUUCCAGGACUUUGACAUGGGUGCGUUUGCGGUUAAAGUAAACGGCAAACCUGUUAGCGUGGAUCUGUCACACAACAAACUUGUAUCAAUUUCUGCAAUGCCGCAUGGGAAACUUGUACACAUUCAAAGGUUGAAUCUAACUGCGAAUCGUUUUUCAAGCGUACCAAAGCUGGCAGGACUUGAUAUCCUGAGAUACCUCAAUCUCGAUAAAAACCCAAUCGUUACCAUUAAAGAGGGGGACUUUGCUCACCUUAAAGAUUUGGUUUACUUAUCCCUCAGCGGCCUUCAUGAGCUUGAGAAAAUUGAGAUGCACAGUUUUAAAAAUCUCCAGAGCCUUCAAGUGUUGGAUCUCUCCAACAAUCCCAAACUGAAGACAUUAAGCCCAUCUGUUUUCAACAGACUGAAAUCGUUGCAGGAGCUGAAUUUAUCCGGCUCUGGGCUGACGUCCUUGCCAAACAACAUACUCUCUCACCUCCCCAGUAUCAAGAGCAUUACACUAGGACAGAACAUCCGCUGCUGGAGGUCCCAGAAACAAGGACAGUUUCACCGGCAGCUGGGUCAGACCAAACACUACGAAGUGCUCAACUGCAACCGGAAUGGUGUUUUGUUGUGAUUCUGUCAAUACAAAUCAGUCUUAAAUCUUUAUACACGCGCUGUGCCUUCAACCUCUUACCCCCCAAGCUUUAAAAGGAUUCGUGUGGCCUUUAUAGACACAAAAAAUAUUUAACACAAAAUGGUCGCUAUUUAUUCAUUUGUCAUAGUCACUUUCUUCAUCUAAAUAGAAACAAAGGUGAUGUUGUUGCACUUAAUUUUUUUGCCACAAUACAGCAUGCCAAACGUUCUUAAAAGAAAACUACUGAUUAUCCCAAUGAUUUACCGCUAAAACUACCACUGACCACAUUACCACUACAUUAAGGCAUCGUUUAAUGCAAUUUUGUAGAUUUAAGGGCAUUGAACUGUUUGCCUAGCGUAAGCACCAUGCAAAAGUGACGAAAUGGCCAAACGUCAUUGUACAGGAUAAAGUCUUUGUUUAUUGCUGAAAAUUAAAGACACUGUUGAGUAGAGCUGGGAAUCUUUGGGCACCUAACGAUUCGAUUACGAUUACGAUUCAUAUGCUCCGAUUCGAUUCUAAAACGAUUCUUGAUGCACCCUCCUCCUUUUUUUUUUUUUUUUUUUAAAUGUUUUGUACAUUAGUUCCAAAAUUGUUCAAAAAUCCUCUCAGGCUAAACCAAACUACUAUUUCAGUAUCAAGUUAACAUAUAGCAGUAAACAAAUAUAAAAAUAACAGUAAAUAAAAAACUCCAGUCCCCAUUCUGUAUCAGCAGCUUUAAACUACAUUCAAUUAAUUUAAUGUUGUGAACCAACCGUUAAAGUUGUUAAAAUUGCUCCCGUUAAUCCAUAAUUUCCCUUUUGUCUACUUUCGACAUGUGAAAGUUUUAAAACUAUUUUAAAGAUAGAUUCAAGUCAAUAUUUUACCGAUUUAGGAGUAUUUUAGAUAAAUAGUUAAUUAGGUUUGCUUGGAAGGUUCGCUACAACAGCCUUGCAGGGAAGUUUACUGCUUUAAGAUGGCGGCCGUUUACUACGUCCCCAUCUAGCUUUUUGUAGAUGUGCUGGUAACGCUACCGCUACUGUAGUGCAUCUAGUCCUAUAUAAAUGAUAUCUACCGUAACAUGUGGAUGACCUACUUUUGUAGCAGCUUUUUAGCAGCAGUCAGGUAUGUUGUGUUUUUUUUAUCUCGUGGCAUGAGUUGAGCUAGAGCCGUGAGUUGAGCAUUGGCAUUACCCGAGGGGCCGGGUAAUGAGAAGCAUGAUGUUUAGCUACUCUCGCUCCGUUGCUCAUUGACCGCGCGGCGCGCUGUGUGUUGUACAUCCGCUUUACUUGGCAUAUUUCAAUAAUCGGAAUUUGGAUGUUUUUGAAUCGUUCUCGAAUCUUCCACGGCCGAAUCGCGAAUAAUCUAAGAAUCGGAAAUUUUGCACACCUCUACUGUUGAGUCAUUUUUUAGUAUUUAUCAAUGAAUGAAUGAAUGAAGUGCUGAAAAUGUGUUGUGACAGAACAAUAUGUUUCUUAGAGCAAUAAACUCAUUUUCACCUAAGUUGGCGGAUUUUAGGGGUGAGACUAAAAGAUGGUGCGAUGACAUCAUCAAGCCAGGCAUGAGUAGGCCCAGCCCCCACUACAUAAAAACUGACGUUCAUACAGUGGCUAUUUGGCACAACUCAAACGUCUUCAUUCAUAUUCCUACCUAUUUCUACCACUACACUGAUAUAAGCUAUCGGGAUAUCUCUAGAAGUUACAACCACCCACAGAAUACUCUCCCUCCACAAAAAAGAACUCGCCCGCACAGGUGUGAGGUUUUUUUUGUUGUUAUUUGGGCAGUGUACAAUAGCAUAGGAAAACAGCGAGCGGUUAGUCGCAGAGAGUAGUUGCGGUGCUUACUUUUCUUCACUUUUGUACUUUUUUUUGAUAAUUCAUACAAAUUUGGCAGGCUUUCUAAUACCACUUUUCUGUUCAGUCUGUCAGAUUUACUGGACUAUUUUUAGAACUUUACAGUGUCUUUACGGCAGGAGUUUUAAUGAAUUUGCUUGACAAGAUAUUAACCAAAUUUACCUAAACUGUUUUGCUUGGAUAUUGACAUUUGCAUAACAAUUUAAUGGAUCAUUUUUAUAUCAUGAAUGUACUUCAAAAGGACCGUUUCCAAACGUCCAAUUUUUGUGCUGCUCCUUGUGCAAGUAAGUCACAUAACCUUUGACAUGGUUCUUACUUAACAUGAUGACGGGUUAGUGACGUGAGAGGGAAAAAAAUGGGGGCCACCUUGACCAGCAUUACCCUUUACUAAACACAUCAUCUUGUGAACCCAAGAAAUGGCCAAACUCGAGACUGCUUGUUUGAAUGUUUACAAAACAUAUGCAAAGAUGCGAGUUUCUGGAUUUAAAAUGCUGUUUGUUUGUAUUACAAUUCCAUCAUAUUAAGUACAUCUCUGGAAAGAUUUGUUUGUAUGGAAAUCACAAUUCUGUAUGAAUUUGAGAAAAUAAACAAAUAUGUAAUAAAUUAGGAUUUCUCUCUUAUUUUAAUGUCUCACAUAGUGCUGUUAGGUGUGUCAAUCUACACUGUAAAUACUGGUAACAAAACUAAGAGGAAAGGCUAGUGUCACAGUCCACUCUAUAUUAGUCAUUAUAACGUGUGUGACUGUUUUGGCCCACAGCAACAGACAGGGUGUGUCUCUUAAACACCAGUAAUGUUUGGGUCUGAGCAGAUUAUACCAGUGGAUUGCAACUCAUGUUUAUCAUGUAGACUGAAGUUUUAGUUGUUCCUGGAAAAAAAAAAAAAAAAACGUGAAUUGACUUGAGACGCUGCUAACUUUGAAAUGGCCAUAAUCUGGAAUGUUGUCCUUGUAUGACCCCCUUCACACCCAUUGAAAAAAGCAUUUCUAUUCAACUUGGUCUUGCAGUGGAGCAUUAACCCAUUAUAUUUUAACAGAGCUGAAUAAAAGUGCCAUUGACAUAUAAAUUUGUCUUAAACGUAGAGCACUGCCACAACAUGAUUCCAGUACCCAAAGUGCUCUACAGACUAAUGUGCCUAUAUAUAGUGGAUCAAAAAAGUGAGUACACCCCUCGCAUUUCUGCAGAUAUUUAAGUAUAUCUUUUCAUUGGACAACACUUACAAAAUGACACUUUGACACAAUGAAAAGUAGUCUGUGGUCAGCUUAUAUAAUAGAAUUAAUUUAUUUUCCUGCUCAAAAUAACUCAAAAUAUAGCCAUUAAUAUCCAAACCCCUGACAACAAAAGUGGGUGCACCCCUUACAAACUACGUACAUCCCUAAAUGUCCAAAUUGAGUACUGCUAGUCAUUUUCCCUCCAAAAUGUCAUGUGACUCAUUACAGGAGUUCUGUCAGCAUUGCUGCAAAGAUUGAAGAGGUGGGGGGGUCAGCCUGUUAGUGCUCAGACCAUACGCCGCACUCUACAUCAAAUUGGUGUGCAUGGCUAUUACCCCAGGAGGAAGCCUCUUCCGAAGAUGGUACACAAGAAAGCCCGCAAACAGUUUGCUGAAGACAUGUCAACAAAGCACAUGGAUUACUGGAACCAUGUCCUAUGGUUUGAUGAGACGAGCGGGCUACAGGUACACCUGCAGUUUCCCUCUGGUGUUACCAGCAACCAUGGUUUUUGGUACGGAGCAUUGAGGCACUGGCUUGGUUCCACAUCUGCCUUCAUGAAGACAACAUUCCUGUGCUCGUGUAUGAGGAUACAUCCAACUUUGUGGCUGUGCAGGUAACGGAAUGCCUCGGAGCUUUUCAGGUUCUUGAAGGCGUUUCAAUCCACUGCCAUAGAGUCAAUAAAAUACGAUAAUAUUUUACUUGUGGUCACCCUCGGCCAAUUCUUUGUCUUCCCAUGUCGAGAUGGCAGACGGAUCCGGUAUUUCCAAAUCGUGUUUUUUAGGGUUUUUAGUGAGUGAUGCCACUCCAGCGCCAUUGAAGUCAAUGGUAAAAAAAUUGAAAACAAAAGUUGCGGGCAGACACGAGGAAGUAAAGCAUAAGUACCUCGGAAACUUGUCUAUACAGCCGUCGCCUCUGGAUUCUUCACAAUCAACAAAUUUGCAAUCACGUAAAUUGGGCCCGAUGUAAACCGGGGACUACCUGUAUUCCCACACUCAGUCAUGCAAUAGUACAGGGGUCGGGAACCUACGGCUCGCGAGCCAGAUCUUCCUGUUUUGACAGCUGCAUCUGGCUCACAGACAAAUCUUUAAUUAUAAAAAAAAAAAAAAAAAAAAAAAAUUGUUACACUCCAUUGCGCGAAACGGCCACGGUUACCGGUCAUAUGCUGGUGUUGUGCAGUAAUGAGCAGACGUGACUUAUGCGGCAUAUGUUUACUUUUUAAAUGCUCCGACAACCCUCCCGCACUUCGCACUAGAUAUCAUCAAAUAGCAACCUAGAUGUGCUACGUUAGAUCCCCCAAGUCCCAUGGCCUUGGCUGUGUGAGCCCAGGGUGAUCAUGGGACACGUAGUCCAUAUACUACAUCCGGCGACUAGAAAGCCGAUUCGAAGUAAUUUUAGUGGGAAAGUGGCAAUCACACAUGACGUUGCGUCUAUCUAUUUAUCAACUGCAUGGGCUACGCAGAUGAGGCAGAGACACUAUUCAAGUGGGGUUGCCGUAUUUUGCUGUCGAAAAUAGUGGCCUAUGAACGUGUGUGCGUGAGAUCGGGAAGUAAACUCCUUUUCAGUUUCAUUUUCCUCGUUGUCAUCUGAUUUUACAAAACCUUUGAGAAGAUGGCAAAAGAAAAAAGACAGUAUCGUAUUUUUCAGCAGGACAUAAGGACAUAAAUGCGACACAGUUUUUUUCUUUCGCUUUGGAUGAGUCAACAGAUGUAAGCUAUUUAUCACAGUUUACCACAAGGACAACAAGAGGGGAGGAUUUAUUCAAGUCCCUCACUAAGUUCGGUAAAGAAAAAAAAUUAACCGAUGGAUAAACUUGUUUCAGUGUGCACUGAUGGUGCUCCUUGCAUAAGUAUCCAAGUAUCAACCAGACUACAAAGCCAUCAGCAAAACCAUGCAGCGCCAGAAUUUGCAUUAAGGGCUCAGUCUUGACCAUUUUGAGAGUGGGUAGUCAGAGAUGCUGAACUUUCAGUCGCUGGUUCAUGACUGUUCUAUUAUCUGUGGCACGGCUGCCUAUGAGAAAGAGUACUGUACAGCAGGGGUCCCCAACCUUUUUUGCACCACGGACCGGUGUGAUUUAGGUCUUUUUUUUCCACAGACCGGUGUUCUGUCAAAUUUUGCACCCUUAUAAAUUUUUGCUCCAAAACCUUUUGUGGCGGUGAAAAAAAGCCCUCUUAUAUAUUCAGUUGAACUCUCAAUGUUAUCCAGCGCUGCUAAAAAAAACUACUUACAUCAUAAACAUACAUGUGCACCAUGAAAAUAGCGUAAAUUAAUGCUUAACGACACGGUGAAGCCGUUAUGUAAGAGAGCUGUGUGCAGUUGUCGUGUGCAGCUAACAUGGCAAAUUUGAGUUAAAAUUCCUUUCUUUAAAGACAGUUUGUAGUGUGUACUUUGGAAUCCUUGCAUUCGCGGUCAUUUUUAACGUUAUGCGCAUGCCAAAUUUCUCAGAACACCGGCAAUGUGCGGCAGAAAAAUACAGCAAAUAUAAAAUAACAUUUGUUUUUAGCCCCGUCAUGUUAAGGGAAAAUACAACUCACCCGCUGAAUCAGUGGGAGGCCUGAGCUUUUUUCAUUGGGACAAGAUGGUCCCGAGAUGGGAGAGUGAGAGAAGCCCGCUUCACAAAGAUACGAUGUUGGAAAUUGUAGCAGUUUUCAGUGCUUUCCUAGUGAUGUCAGGAUAUUCCGAAAUUACUUUAAUCCAGAACCUCGGUAGAGGUGUUGUCUCAAAUGUACGUUUAAGGUCGCCGUGAUUUGCGAUCUCUACAAGCUGAUAUUCCUGUUGCACAGACAUACUCGUAUCACUCGGUUUAUUCACAUAUGGGUCACGAAUCCACUCCGCAGUUUGUGGGUCUUUAGUGAUUGGGAAGUAACAAAGAUUUCGUUUUCUUCAAGGUUGUAGGCUCAUCAGGUUCCCUUUUCCCUGUAAAAAAUCUGUCCAAAGACGUCUGUUUUUUAGUCAUUCUAGAGUGGGGGCUAAUUAUAUCCGGGAACAAAUGUGAUGGGCGACGAACUACGUCAUACGUUAUUAUCGAGGCCAAGCGCACAUAGAUAUACAAAACAAGAUGUACUGCUAACAGUCCAAUCAAUGCAUUUCUACGACGACCCCCUAUCCUGUAGUUGUAUAUCUAGAGUAGACAGGGAUAUUUGUGUGUUAAGCGGCACAGGCCAAAGUCAAUUGGCCAGAAUGUAGUCGUUAAUAAAUUAUUCAUUAUUUCUGCGUGGCCCGGUACCAAAUGCGCCACGGACCGGUAACGGUCCGCGGCCCGGUCGUUAGAGACCCCUGCUGUACAGUAUAUGGUCAUGCAGUUUACAUAGAGUAUGCAUGUGACUGUAUAACACACACAAUAAUGUACUGAAACACCUGGUGUUUUUAAAUUAAAUUUGCUUCUGGCUUCUACUGAGUAACAAGUAAUUAUGAGGUACUUGUUUGUACAUUGAUGCACAGGUGAUUUGUGGCAUGAAUGUAAUGUAAUUUUAUUAAACAUCUAAAAAGAGAUGGAGUAGUCUGCAUGUCAUUCAUUACAAGUUGUAAUUCUUUUAAAGCCAACUUUACAGAAAUUGAGUGCAGGCUACAGAUCAGUGGUGUCGAAAAAGCUUUAGAAGCUUUAGAAACAGUGGCAGUGGUAAGGCGUCCUGGAGUUUGGCAUGUUCCCUAGCGAGUUUAAGAUGGUACCAUGCCAAACUGACAAGCAAUGCAAGAGGCUUUAAAAAAAAAAAAAAAAAAAAAGUCUUGCUACACAGAGCAAACAUUCACACGAUGCGGUCUUUUCUCUUGACAACAACACUCUGAGAUCUGAUAAGGAAAAGGUGUCACAUAAAUGAAUGGCUUUGAAAUUACUGUAUAUGUGAGUUUGGUGGUUUUGACAACUUCAUGGAGCUCUUCUUGGAGCCCUAAUUCAUUUAAUUGCCCUAGUAGGUUUUUAAGCAAACCACUAACAUUGCACUCACUUGUCUCCCACUGAGGUGUGUCUAUUUGUGAAAGUGGCUAUUCUCUUGCAUAGGGGAGGAGGGAAAGUGAGCAUUCAGUCAAUGACCCCAUUGCAGAUAGUACUUCCAGAUGUGCGCCUUCACUUAUAAAGAACUUGCAUGUUCGGACUGAAGAAGACCAUCCAUCAUAAUGUGUCCCCCACAGCACAUUGUCUCUGUUAAAAAAAAACAAAAACAUGUGAACGCAGUCAUUUGUGGAAUUCACCAGUGCAGCAAAUCAGCUUAAUAUGCAAAACAUGUUUUGUUUUGUCUUGAGCUGGAGCCUCUCAAAGUUACAGUGGGUGAAUGCAAGUAUAUCACAAACACUAUACCAGGGGUGUCCAAACUUUUUGCAAAGGGCGGCAUAUUUAGUGUGUUAAAAAUGUGGGGGGCCGACUUUGGCUGACGUCCUUUACGUAGAACAAUAUAUUUAAGCAACUUUUAGCAAGCAAUUUUGUGUGUCACAUUUGCUGUUUUAUUUUUUCAAAUUAAUAAUUUCAACAAUCUCGCAACUAGCCUUAGUGGCGUACUUUUUGGAAUCUCGGCUCUUGCAAAAUACUGCUGCUGUGAAAUUAAACUAGUUUCAAGUUGCUUUGAUUUAUCGCUACGUAUCUUCCCUGUAAUCUUGUCGUACAUGUCAGCGUGUCUUUUUUGGUAAUAUCGCCUCACAUUGAACUCUUUAAAAGCAGAGACUGUCUUUUUGCAAAUGAGGCAGACACAGUUGUUGCGUAUUUUAGUGAAGAAAUAGUCCAAUUUCCACCUAUCCUUGAAGCAUCGGCAGUCGCAGUCAACUUUCUUUUUUUUGUUGAUUGUCGCCAUUUUAGAAAAUUGGGAGUAAAGGGUCACAUGGGGUAAUGUUUUUUAAGAGUGCUGCCUUUUAGUGGGUAAAUGAGGAGCAGCAUUUAGUGUGUAAGCUAUUUCAUAGCAGUACUGCUGACCAAUUUAGUAAGUCUGUGUGUGGGCCAGAGGUUAUUGAUUUUAUGACAGAGGCUGGGGGCCGGAUGAAAUUUGUCCACGGGCCGCAUUUGGCCCCCGGGCCGGACUUUGGACAUGUCUGCACCAUACUGUUGAAACAGACAAACGUUCAUAACCACAGCACCUGCACAAGGUAGAGAUGGGCCUUCAUUUAGAUGCCUCUUCCUUCAACCUGUACAGCUUAAAUAAAAAGUAAAUGCAUUCAUCAAAUCAAUGAAUGGAUGUGCCAGAAUUUU